UACUUAGGAUAAAAACAAAGGCUAAAAUAAAACUUCAUACCCGUCGAGCUGAGAAACGAGUCACAAAAUUUUUAGCCUUCGUGUUAAGUUUUUUUCGUAAUAAAAUUACUUUUUGUAGCAAAAAGAAAAAACAACUAAAUUAAUUUACAAUAAAAUUCAAAAAACUGAUUCAUUCGUCAUCAAAUCCCGAACCCACAUCGACUCCAGACGAAAUUCAACUGAGAAAUAUCUCAAAAUAAGAAAGUCAAUUUUACAUUCACAAAUAAUUAUUUAACGGUGUUUAUUCAAAAUACAAACGAACAAAAUGCCAGCCGAAGCGCUGCAUAUAAUCACAACAGCAGAAGAUCACACAUUCAUCCUAAACGAUGAAGCUCUUGCUGAAGCACUCAACAAGGAUGAAAUCAAGGAUCGAUUUGUGUGCGUUGUUUCGGUGGCGGGAGCAUUCCGUAAAGGAAAGAGUUUCCUUUUGGAUUUCUUUCUAAGAUACAUGUACUCAAAGUAUGUUAAACAUGAUGUCACAGAUUGGCUUGGCGAUGAGAACGAACCCCUAUCGGGUUUCUCAUGGCGUGGCGGCUCCGAACGUGAUACAACCGGAAUUCUUAUGUGGUCGGAAAUAUUUUUACACGACUAUCCAAAUGGAGAGAAAGUCGCCAUAAUCUUGCUAGACACCCAGGGUGCAUUUGACAGCCAGAGUACAGUACGUGAUUGUGCCACAGUGUUCGCCCUCAGCACAAUGGUUUCGUCUGUGCAAAUUUACAAUUUAUCACAAAACAUACAAGAAGAUGAUCUACAGCAUUUGCAAUUGUUCACAGAGUACGGCCGCUUGGCGUUAGCCGACUCUGGUAAAAAGCCUUUCCAGCGAUUGCAAUUUCUGGUGCGUGACUGGAGUUUCCCAUAUGAAGCCGAAUAUGGGCCAGAGGGCGGGGAUAAAAUACUGAAACGGAGAUUAGAAUUGUCAGACAAACAACAUCCAGAGCUGCAAUCACUACGUAGACACAUCAGUUCAUGCUUCACUGAAAUUGCAUGUUUCUUGAUGCCACAUCCUGGUCUGACCGUAGCCACAAAUCCCAACUUCGAUGGCAGACUCAAGGACAUAACGCCAGAUUUUAAACAGUCCUUGAGAAAUCUUGUGCCAAUGCUGUUGGCGCCAGACAAUCUUAUAACAAAAGAAAUAAGUGGCCAAAAGGUCAGGGCAAGGGAUUUGGUUCAGUACUUUAAGUCGUAUAUGACAAUUUACAAAGGGAACGAGUUGCCAGAACCCAAGAGUAUGCUUGUGGCAACUGCAGAGGCAAAUAAUUUGACAGCAGUAGCAGCAGCGAAGGAGCUCUAUUCUCAACUGAUGGAAGAUGUUUGUGGCGGAACAAGGCCAUACUUAAGUACAGGUCACUUAGAUGCGGAACAUUUAAGAAUUAAAGAUAAAGCAUUAUUCCACUUUGCUGCCAAAAGAAAAAUGGGUGGUGAAGAAUUCUCCGAGAAAUACCGAGAACAGCUUGAUUCCGAUUUAGAAGAUACAUUUCAUAAUUUCAAAUCGCACAACGAGAGUAAGAACAUAUUUAAAGCAGCAAGAACGCCAGCCGUUUACUUCGCCAUUGCUGUAAUAGUGUACAUUUUAAGUGGAAUAUUUGGAUUGGUUGGUCUUUAUACAUUGGCUAACUUCUGCAACCUCCUAAUGGGUGUUGCAUUGCUUACACUUGCAUUAUGGGCUUAUAUUAGAUAUAGCGGUGAAUUUACAGAAGUCGGAUUAACGCUGGAUGAAUUUGCAUCGUUCUUAUGGGAUAACUUUAUGAAGCCAGUCUACCAGGGAUGCAUGGAAAAGGGUAUUCAACAUGUGGCUACGCAUGCUGCUGAAGCAGCUGUUGGUGGCCGAUCAACUGGAUCAAUAAACGGCAAGGUGAAGAAGUCAUGAGAAUACGCCUAUCCAAGGCAAAAAGCAAUACAAUCACAAAACCAACAGCCGCAACAACCGAUUAGAAAACCCAAUCAGCAGCCAUCGUCGUCGUCUCAGCAGCUCGUAACGAAAUCACAAGUUAAAUUAAGCAAUAAUCAUAUAAACAACAACAAGAGCAACAACAACAACAACUGCAGCAAAGCUCCACAAGUAGAAUCAUCAACAUCCACGUGGGGUUUCUUUGGAUUAUUUCAGCGAAAUUCUCCACAAAACAUUUCAGCGCCUCCUGCUGCUACCCAAUUUGCUUCAACAGCAAACAACAACAACAACAAUAACAACACCAUCAGUUCUGCAGCUUCGACUCGCAAGGCCAAGAGAAGACAAAACAAAAAGAGCCCACCGUUAAAAAAAUAAAAAUAAUUAACUAAAUAAAAUUAAUUAAUAAACACUGAAUUAAGUUUGAAAUGAGAAACGGUUUGCUCGUGUUGUGAUGUAUGCUCUCCUCCAUCCACGUAUACAAAUAAUCGGCUGCUAAUUCUAAUUCUUAUUGGUUCACUUUUUUUUAAACAAACAAUAUUAGCCUUAAAUUAGAAAAACAAAAGAAUAUAUUUAACAAUAAUUGAAAAUCUUUUAAAAUAUUUCCAUUUCUUGUUAUUAUUAAACUGUGAAGUUUUUUUUAUUAAAAAAAAAUAUAUGUAUAUGAAUUUUUUGUAAAACAAAAGAAUAUCCAUUGAAAGGAACAAAAAUGAAAAAUGAAAAUGAAAAUAUUAUUGUAAAACGUA